AUGGUGGUGGUCGGCCGCACCCUGGAAGCAGCAGUGGAAGGGGAAAACAAGGACACCAUGGUUGAGGUGGAGCCUGAAGAGGACGAGGACCACCUCCUGCUCCAGACCUUCGUGGAGUGCAAUGAGCCGAAGGGAAUCCCAGGGCUAUGUGAGGGAGAGACCGAUGAAACGAGUCACAUGAUGACACACUCCUUCAAGGGGCUCAAGUACCAGGCCAGCAAGUACGACGAGGACUGGUUCGAAUGGCAGCAGGUGGAAGUUUACUUGCCGAUCGAGCUUGGCUCGCUCGCAGCAAGGGGGGCGGCUGUGGGCAUAUGUGACCAUGACCAGUCCUCUCCAUGCAGCCUCUACCUGCUGACAGCCCUGAACCACCGAGCUCACCACAAGCGGAUCCUCCUGAUGAAUGGAAAGCCCAGCAAGAUCGCGAACCGAGAGCGAAGGGAAGAAGAAUGGAUGGAUGCCAUCAAGGCCAAAGAGCUGCAGGAAGAGUUGCAGCGAGAGGAGCAGGCCAUGGAGAGGUACAGGUCCAUGAGGGCGAGGGAAUGGGACGAUUGGGCAAUAAAGCGCACGGUGCUCACCAUGGAGGUCGCUUCAGGGAGCUCGGAUACCCCGAGAGUUGCCAAAAUCCUCAAGGUGCCCUUAGACGAGGAGCAGGGGGCCAGAUUGGUCGUCGAGCUGAAGGUGGCGAACGAGGAGACGGGCGAGGAUGCAGAGACUCAGGUGCUACCGGGGACAGCAGUUCUGCCUGCCUCCAACGAGAUGGCGGACUUGACGAAUGCGGUCGACAAGGGUUCAGUCCCUGACUCGAGUGAGGCCCCGACGUUGAUGAUGGCAGGGGUGCAGGAAAGUCCGCCUGGGAUCCCACCUGACUUGACCAUGGAGGACUACAGGAUGAUCUUCGCGGAGUGGGAACAAGGGGACCUUACAGAUCGGCAGGUUCGUGACAAGUACGGAGAGGCUCUGCUCGAACUCUUCCAGACCCAGCACAUCGCCUACAUGGAAAGUCGGGAGGAAUCUACACUCGAUUUGUUGGGCAUUGGUCCUAUGAUGGCGACUUCGGCGGAGAGGGUGACACCAUGUACGAGGGAUCCAGGGGCUGAGGAAGACCAACAGGAGCAAGCCGGCCUUGAUGUUUGUGACCCGGGAGCAGGCAUCAAAAAGGGCGCACCAGAGAUGGAGUCGAUGCGGCAGGGGCAGUUCCGAUCGCCCUGGACGAACCAGGUCUACGACCGCUGGGCCCCGGAAGAUAACAAGCAGCUCAAGACCGACCGGCAGGGCGGCCUCGCACGGGCGAGGGCUUUCCAGACCCCAACGCAGCGGCAAAUCCAAACGGCUGUGGAAGAGCGGGAGGCCGACAACACGCCGGAGUGGAAGAAGUUCUAUCCAGGCCUCGCGCCGGUAUACACACUGCCAAAGAACCAGCGCCAGACGGGUGCCCAAACGAAUGUUUUCGAGAGGCACGCCUUCCGAGCGGGGAACUUCGGCGACAUUUUCAAGCAGACGAUCGUGCAAACGGUGGUCGACUUGAAAGUGAACAAGAAGGACGCCGCAUCACCGGUUUGGUAUGUGGAGCCUUGCGGUGGCGAAGGCGAAUACCAUGUCCAGCGCAUGCGCAGUGAGAUGGACGAUCGGAAGCCGAUGAAGUGGCCCACGGCUGAGGACCUCUACUCCGUUUUGGAGAAGGAGGACCUGACGUACAUGCCCAUGGAGGUCAAGGGAUGGAUGGACUCGGUGAAGCUGCUGAAUUUCAAUGAGAACAUGGACUGGGAGGUGAAAGGCGAAGGAGCCAUGGAAGCCGAGGAACAGCAAGGCAUUCAGUGGCUCCCAAGCUCGACCUUAGUCGCUACGCGGCUUCUUAGAAAGCAAGAUCCCGUCACCAUCUGGGAGGACAAUCGCGCGGCCUUCGCUGCCAUGUUCAACUUCGUGCGGAACUGGAGUUCGCAGUUAGACCCGCACGUCGAGCUCAUCUUCAAAGACGGCCUGAAGCACACGCACCGGCGCUGGGUGCAGCGGAGGCCGGGUUCCAUCUCCGAAGCGUUCGGAAAGCAGAAGGGCCAGCGUGGUGUGGUCUUCAUCGAUCCGGACUACACGAGGGGAGGUGAAGCUGAGCGCUGCCACGCUAUUGUGGUGGAUCUCUGGAAGCAUUGGCGGUCGGCGACGGUGAUGGUGACGUACCCGAUAGGCCCCAAGUACGAGAAGAAGGCGAGAGACUUCAAUCGAAAGCUUCGCCAGGCGGACAAGACGCUUGACUUGCUCACCAUCGAGGCCUAUGUUGAGAACAAGGACUGGCACGAGAACAGCGAGGAGGAUAAGUGGCGUGGUUAUGGCGUCCUGAUCUCGCAAGCACCCGGAACGACGGCCGAGAGAGCCCAGGCAGCGCUGAAGGUGAUUUGCGAUGCGCUGGCGACGAUGCCCGAAGCGCAUCCGAUGCACAUCCGGAUAGAACGGCUUUGA